AUGCUACGAAUGAGCUGGAUACGUGCGCUGCGGAAGGAAGAGCUCAGUGCGGUGUUGCCAACAGACCAGUUGAGCCCGGUGCCUGGCGCACAGCUGGGAGUCCUGAAACAAGAGGACGUACGGGAAGGUCUACUCGUCGCGAUAGAGGCAAAUACGACACCAACCGUGGUCCCGGUGCGAGCCGCGUCGCCGACUCCAGCGCGGGCGACAUCGCCAACUCCAGCGUCAGUGCCGACCAUAUCGGUAGCGGUCGCGGCCUCGAUUGCAGCGUCCGCAGCCAAGCCCACUGCAACCGCAGCGGCACCCCCAGCGACUCCAGGGCCCUCCACGGCAGACCUGUCCCAGACCAUUGCUGAUUCAUUGGCAUCGCUGGCGCGGUACACCCACCGAUUGGCCCAGACCGUGGAGGAAGGUUUCCAGAAACUGUCGAGCCAGACCGCCUCCCAGACUGCGCUCCCACCACGUCUGCUGCUCCUGCUGGUGGUGCACCUGACGAUGAUAACCCAACAGCACCGACUCCAGCGCCGCCACUCGCGAAUGCCGGGUCCAGGGUGCAUCAGAGACACCUAG